AUGUUUGAUCACCCUAGAGAAAUCCAUCGUCUUCGCAGCACUAUCCAAGAGCUAGAGACUCGAUUAAAAUCACGCCAAGCAGACCACUUGCAAUCACUUACAGAAAUACCGCCACCCUUAUCAAAGCAGUCCGGAAGUGUCUCUCACCCUCACGGGCUACCUGGCACUGGCUCAGAAGUUAAUCAAUCGAAAAUUCCGUCAUCAAUAGAGUGGACGGGAGUCCAGAUCCAGAUCCACCAUGACCAGACCGCCGAGGCAACGUAUUAUGGCCCGUUAUCAUCAGCGUAUUUUGGACAUCGCAUGCAAAAGUUCUUGAUAGAUUCCCUUGGGGGCUCCCCUGUUCAAAACUCCCUUGCAGAAGCUACGCUGCUCGAAAGACCGCCUAAUAUCGCCCACUGGCAAUCUCGGUCAAAGCCCAGCACAGACGAAAUUUUGUGCACCAGGCCAGAAAAGCUGUCUCACACUCAAGAAAACUACUUUAUUGACCUCUUCUGGCAGUCGUUUCAUUGUAUCUAUCCCAUAACCCUUGAAGCAGAGUUUCGCAACUUCUACGAUUCUGUAUGGGCACAAACGAAUGAUCAGACAACUCGGCAGUCUUCACCUUUGGUAGACAGCUUGCUGGCUCUGUGUAUCCAGUUAGGAAGCGCAUUUCUAACGAGCGAUGCCAGUGCCAACGGCUUUGAGAUGCUGACCGGUCAUAUCGAGUCAGCGCUAGAGACAGCUCAUUAUUAUUUCCGUCGAUGUCAGAUCGAUCUUCUUGAUGAAAUGGAAUGUCCCUCCAUCAUGACUCUGCAGAGCCAGAUAUAUAGUGUUGUCUACCUGGUAAACCUCUCUUGCUUCAAUGCCGGACACGCAGCUCUAGGGGCUGCGGUAAAAACAGCUCAGGCGUUGAAGCUGCACCCGCGCUCCAGUCAAAGUACGGUACAGGCCCAGCAAGAACUGCACAUCCGCAUUUGGCACACAUUGCUUGCUUUGGACCGUGAGCUUUCGAUGACCCUUGGCGAGGUCCGAUUAUCCCAAUCCAAGAUGCCCCGUCCAACUUCCCUGGAGAUGGACAUGAGCAUGCGUUGGUCUCCGGCCCAUGCCGUUCAAACUUCAUUCUACCAACAGGCCAUACAGAAGCUCGAGCAGCGAAACGGCGAAUCUAUAUACGAGCAUCCUGCUUUAGUGGAAGAAUUGGCAGGCUGCCUGGGUCGGGAGGUGCGUAUUAUAUAUGACUGGGCUCGCAAUGUGCCUCAAUCUCUGAAGUGCUUUCGCAAAGGCUCAGGGGAGGCCUUUUCGACAGAACGUACGGCUCUCGAUCUGGACAGCUUCAGCCCACUUUGGCUUCAGCGACAAAAAGUGCUCCUAGAAGUGCUGUAUCACCAUGUCCAGUUGUCGAAUCUACGCUCUUUCCUACGCUUCCCCCCAGGCUCCUGUUCCAUCACCCCUCUAUCCGACUGCCACAGCAUCAAUUGUCUGAACCACGCGAUUAUUUUGACGAAUAUUCUGCACCAAGUGCUCUCAGAAACAGACAUAUUACGAGGGUGGCCUUCUAUCUUACAUUACCAGUGGGACGCAGCGCUCUGUAUCAUCGGAUUUGUGCUCGCCAACCCCGUCUGCCCGCCUACCCCCGCUGCUCGCAAAUCCAUACAGACAGCCAUCGCGUCGUUUGAAUUUAUGGGCAGAUACCUUGCCGCGGCAACAAAAGCCGCCCAAAUUGUACGAGAGGUGGGCGCACAAGCCGAGCUUCUUGUGGAGAGAUUUCACAGUAGCUUGUCGACUCGCCCGCCGCCGGAGAGUCGACGCCUGGCCACCUCUGCAGCUGUGCAGGUUAAAGCCGCCCCAGCAUUGACACCAGAAUACCUGCAGGGACUCACGGUUGAUGCAGAAUUUGAUAUCUCUGAGUUUAUCAGUGACGCCGGUCUACCAGCUGGGGAUGCCGGGGACCAUGUUACCCUUAGUGAGUCGACCCUUGCAACCGCGGUUGACGAUAUGCAAGCUGGGACAGCAAUGUCGUGGAUGAAUGAUCCGAUGAUAUUGGAAAACCUGGGGCUUUUUGCGGGAUAA